AGGAACUCUGCAAGCCACAUCUUCAUCACUAAAAUCUCUAGAUCAAAUUAAAAUUGAAGUUACCCAGCAUGAGUUCGUGCAUGUUUUGGCUUCUUUUCCUGCAAAUAAUGCAUCUGAUCUCUUCUUCCUUCUCAUUAUCUGGAGGAGGAACAGAUAGGCUCUCCCUGUUAGCUUUUAAGGCUCAAAUUACUGAUGACCCCCUCGGUGCACUCAGCUCGUGGAAUGAAUCCUUGCAUUUCUGUGAGUGGUCAGGCGCUAAAUGUGGACGCCGGCAUCAGAGAGUUGUAGAACUUGACCUCCACUCUUGCAAGCUGGCGGGUUCCCUCUCUCCUCACAUUGGCAACCUGAGUUUUCUUAGGAUACUAGACCUGAGCAACAACAGCUUCAGCCAAAAUAUUCCACAGGAGUUGGGUCGUCUGCUUCGUCUACAGCAGUUGAACCUCGAAAACAACACAUUCAGCGGUGAAAUCCCUGCCAAUAUCUCGAAUUGCUCUAAUCUUCAGUUGAUUGAUUUACAGGGAAACAACUUGAUUGGCAAAAUUCCUGCAGAACUGGGGUCGUUAUUAAAUCUGCAAGCAUGUCUUUUAGCAACUAAUCAUCUAGUUGGCGAGAUACCGCUUUCUUUUGAAAAUCUCUCGUCUGUUGAGAUUAUUGGUGUGGGGGAUAAUCAUUUGCAAGGAAGCAUUCCCUAUGGUAUCGGGAAAUUGAAAAGGUUAAGAAAAUUGUCUGUUCCCUUAAAUAAUCUGAGUGGUACAAUUCCCCCGUCCAUAUACAAUCUCUCUUCUCUUACACUUUUCUCUGUGGCGAUUAACCAAUUUCAUGGGAGUCUUCCUUCUGACUUUGGCCAAAAGCUUCCAAGCCUCGAAGUGCUUGUAUUCUAUGCCAACCGAUUCAACGGACCGAUACCCGUAACGAUCUCCAAUGCCUCAACUCUUUCUGUUAUUGAUUUCGGAAACAACAGCUUUACUGGGAUAGUGCCCCCAUUUGCAAACCUGCCUCAUCUACAGUAUCUUGGUAUUGAUUCCAAUGAACUUGGAAAUGGGGAGGAAGGUGAUCUCAGUUUUCUCAAGAGCCUUGCAAACUACACCAAUUUGGAAGAAUUGGGUAUGAGUGAUAACAAUUUAGGAGGAAUGUUUCCAGAAAUAAUCAGCAACUUCUCAUCACAGUUCACAACAUUGUCCAUGGGAAGAAAUCAAGUGCGGGGAAGCAUUCCAGUUGAUAUUGGAAACCUCAUCAGCCUGGAUACUUUGAUGUUGGAAACAAAUCAAUUGACUGGCGUUAUACCAACUUCCAUUGGUAAAUUAAAAAAUUUGCACGGUCUAACCCUCAUUGAAAACAAAAUCUCUGGAAGUAUCCCUUCAUCUUUGGGCAAUGUUACUUCAUUGGUCGAACUUUAUUUAUCCGCGAAUAUUUUGCAAGGAGGCAUCCCAUCAAGUCUUGCAAACUGCCAAAAUUUGAUGUCUUUAGAGCUUGCUCAAAACAAUUUGAGUGGUCCAUUAACCAAAGAAGUAAUUGGUAUGGCUUCCUUAUCCGUGAGUUUAGACCUAUCUCAUAAUCAGUUGAUAGGCCCCCUUCCCUCUGAAGUGGGCAGGUUAGUGAACCUAGGAUAUCUAGAUGUUUCACAUAACAGGUUAUCAGGUGAAAUUCCUGGAAGUCUUGGAAGCUGCAUUAUGCUAGAAUAUCUGCAUCUGGAGGGGAACUUUUUGCAAGGGUCUAUUCCGGAGCUUUUGGGUUCUUUGAGAGCACUUCAAUAUCUUAAUCUCUCUUACAAUAACUUGACUGGCCAAAUUCCAAGGUUUUUGGCAGACUUCCAGUUGUUGCAGCGUCUGGAUAUUUCAUUUAAUCACCUCGAAGGUGAGAUGCCUACACAAGGAGUUUUCGGGAAUGUAAGCGCAGUCUCAGUUUUGGGAAACGAUAAGCUUUGUGGAGGAAUAUCUCAGUUGAAUUUGUCCAGAUGCACGUCCAAUGAGUUGAGAAAACCAAAAUUUUCUACCAAGUUGAAGCUGGUAAUUUCAAUUCCAUGUGGCUUUAUCAUUGCACUCUUUCUGAUCUCUUCUCUGCUUAUCUAUUCCUGGAGAAAAACAAAAAAUGAGCCUGCUUCUGGAGCUUCAUGGGAGGUCUCAUUUCGGAGAGUGACUUACGAAGAACUCUAUCAAGCAACUGGUGGCUUUUCCUCAUCCAAUUUGAUUGGUGGAGGUAGUUUCGGGUCUGUGUACAAAGCAAUUCUCGCACCUGAUGAAAUGAUUGUCGCAGUGAAAGUAUUCAACCUGCUACGCAAAGGAGCUUCCAAAAGCUAUAUGGCAGAGUGUGCAGCAUUGACAAACAUCAGGCACCGAAACCUUGUCAAAAUUUUAACUGCAUGUUCAAGCCUUGAUUUUCAAGGCAAUGAUUUUAAAGCUCUGGUUUAUGAAUUCAUGGUCAAUGGGAGCCUGGAAGAGUGGCUGCAUCCAGUUCAUACAUCAGACGAGGAACGCGAGCAAGGAAACCUGAAUCUGAUUCAGAGGUUAAACAUUGCAAUUGAUGUAGCUAGUGCCCUUGAUUAUUUGCACUACCACUGUCAGAUGGCUGUUGUUCACUGUGAUUUGAAGCCUAGCAAUGUUCUUCUUGAUGGUGAUAUGACUGCUCAUGUUGGAGACUUUGGAUUAGCAAGAUUCCGUCCAGAAGCUUCAGUUCAAUUAUCAUCAAAUCAGAACAGCUCUAUUGGUUUAAAAGGCACUGUUGGCUAUGCUGCCCCAGAGUACGGUAUUGGAAACGAGGUGUCAACUUGUGGGGAUGUGUACAGCUACGGCAUCCUGUUGUUGGAGAUACUUACCGGAAAGACGCCAACAGAUGGCUCGUUUAAAGAGGGGCUGAACCUGCACAAGUAUGUUAAAAUGGCGUUGCCUGACCAUGUGGUGGAGGUUGUCGAUCCCAUACUUUUGAGAGAAGCUAAUUCUUCUGAUGGGAUGAAGCAUAUUGGAAAUGACAAAGUUCUGGAGUGCUUGGUUUCAAUUAUGGAGGUAGGAGUUUCGUGUUCGGAAGAUUUGCCAAGAGAGAGGACAAACAUUAGCAAUGUCGUGGCUGAACUGCACCGAAUUAGGGGCAUUCUCAUGGGAACUAGGAGGCAUGGAUAGGGUGAUAUCCUCGUCUCAGCGGAUGAUGACCGAGGUGAUCAAAGUAGAAAAUGAGGGUUGUUCAACAGGCCAGAGGGAGCAGAGGUGCCUGUUUCCUGGAGUAGAAUAAAACUGCAAGUGCACGCUGGCCAUCUAUAAACACUAGCCUUAUUUUGUAUGCUUCCAUAUCUUUGUUUCCUCGGGGACUUUAAUAUUAUGUGUAAUAGAAGUCUGAACCUGCAGCUGUGAAUUUAUUGUC